AUGUCCGCCAUUGGAACCCUUGUCUUCUGCACCGAUUGCGGUAACCUUCUGCCCGCGUCAAUGGGCACGGAGAAGAACACCCUUACCUGCGACUGCUGCGGUGCCGACAAUAAGGACACGGGCGCCAAGACGAUUAUUACCCAGACCAAGCCUUCCGAUUUCCCUUCGCAGCUCCGACAAAAGCUCCAGUCCAACGUGCAGGCCGUCGACAGGGCCAACGUCAAUACCGAGGCCACAAUUAGGGAGACAUGUCCGAAGUGCGGUAGAGAGGAGGUCCGCUUCACUGCCGUGCAGCUUCGCAGUGCAGACGAAGGCAGCACCAUCUUCUUCACCUGCGAGUGUGGUUUCAAAUGGUCUCAUAACAACUGA